AUGUUGGUUAGGAUAGGAGAGAAAGACAGAGAAAAGAGGUUUAGGCUCCUGGAAACAAAACUGGAGUCGACACUGAAAUCAUCUCUGGAGAUUAAAGAGGAGAAGAUCGCAGCGCUAGAGGCCAGACUGCAGGAGUCCUCCAACCUCAACCAGCAGCUACGCCAGGAGCUCAAGACGGUAAAGAAAAACUACGAGGCGCUGCGUCAGAGGGAGGAGGAGGAGAGGAUGGUGCAGAGCUCCCCCCCGAGAGGAGGGGAAGCCCCUCAGGCUGUCAGUAAAUGGGAGAAAGAGAGUCAUGAAACCACCAGAGAGCUGCUGAAAGUCAAAGACCGACUCAUUGAGGUGGAGAGGAACAAUGCCACGCUGCAGGCUGAGAAGGCGGCGCUGAGGAGCCAGCUCAAACAACUGGAGACUCAGAGCUCCAACCUGCAGGCUCAGAUAGUGGCGGUGCAGAGGCAGACUGCGUCUCUCCAGGAGAACAACACGUCACUGCAGACUCAGAACGCCAAGCUGCAGGUGGAGAACUCCACCCUGAGCUCGAAGAGUGGCGCCCUCAUGGCCCAGAAUGCCCAGCUGCAGACCCAGCAGAGCAGCGUGGAGGGGGAGCGAGAAGGAGCUCUGAAGGACAAAGAGGAGCUGAGGUCCACCUACGAGCUGCUCCUCCGAGACCACGAGAAGCUGGCAGCGCUCCACGAGAGGCAGGCGUCCGAGUACGAAGCCCUGAUCGGAAAACAUGGCGGCCUGAAGACGUCCCACAAGAGCCUGGAGCAGCAGCACAGGGACCUGGAGGACAAGUACAAGCAGCUCAUGCAGAGGAAGGGAGAGCUGGAGGAUCUGGAGAAAAAUCUGAAGGAGCAGCAAGAGAAAAUGGCGCUGGAGAAUGAAACGCACCGAUCCACAGCUGACCAGUUCAAACUGCUCAAAGAAGAAAAUGAUAGGCUGAACAAUACCCAUCGUCAGCUGGUGAAGGACAACGACAACCUCCAGCUGGACCAUAAGAACGCAAAGACCCAGCUGAACAGCGCCAAGCUGGAGCAGACCAAGCUGGAGGCCGAGUUCUCUAAACUGAAGGAGCAGUACCAGCAGCUGGACAUCACCUCCACCAAGCUGACCAACCAGUGUGAGUUGUUGAGCCAGGUAAAAGGAAACUUGGAGGAGGAGAAUCGCCACCUGUUGGACCAGAUCCAGACUCUGAUGCUGCAGAACCGCACACUGCUGGAGCAAACCAUGGAGAGCAAGGACCUGUACCACGUAGAGCAGAGACAAUACAUAGACAAGCUGAAUGAGCUGAGGAGACAGAAAGAGAAGCUGGAGGAGAAGAUCAUGGACCAGUACAAGUUCUACGACCCCUCGCCCCCACGCAGGCGUGGAAACUGGAUCACUUUGAAGAUGAAAAAGUUGAUCAAGCCGAAGAGCCGGGACAGGAUGCGCUCUCUCACGCUGACUCCCUCUCGUUCAGAGUAUGGCGACGGUUUCCUGACGCUUCCUCCGGACUGCCAGGACAGCUCGUCCAUCGGCUCUGGCUCCAACUCGCUGGACGACACACUCACACAGAAGAAGAGCAACAGGAGGAGAGGGCAGCAGGCCCAUGCCCAAGGGCAGGGUUCAACCAAUGCUUUAAAAAGGUUGCCUUUCAUGAGGAACAGAUCCAAGGACAAAGACGAGGCCAAAGCCAUCUACCGGCGCUCCAUGUCCAUGAACGACCUGCUGCAGACCAUGGCGGUGGCGGGUGGUCCCGGCGCUGAGUGGGCGAGCAGCAUCGACCACCUGGACGGAGCUGAGGCCGGAGACAGAGACACGGCGGGGAGCAGCCGGCGCAGCGGGCGGAGCAUGAAGGAACUCGCCUACUCCACCAACGCCAUCGACUACUCCACGCUCACCCUGCCCACCGCCAGGCAGAGCAGGGCCAAGCUCCGCCUCCAGGUCAAAGCAGAUAAUGCUUCAUGUGAGGAUGUCGCCGGCUCCUUAGAUGACCCCAAGAUUCAAGCCUCAAGACCCCCCAGUCUCCAUAGCAACAGGACCAUCAGUAGUAAUAGUAACAAUAACUCCCACCUCACCUCUCCUCUGGAGGGCAAAGGCACGUUGAAUGGCAGCCUGAGCCGGCCCCACAGUGAGAGCAGCGGGGAGUUCAGCCUCAGUCUGGACCAGGAGGUGUGGUCCAGCAGCGGCAGCAGCCCGGUGCAGCAGCCCUGCUCCUCCAGAACCUCCCACCAGAGCCCCCUGCAGCUGAGGAGGCCCCUCGACCCGGGACAGCCCCCCGGCAGGAAGACGGGGUCCCCAGCCUGCGAGGUGCUGUCCCUGCAGCAGUUCCUGGACGAGGGCAUCGAUCCUGCAGAGUCUGGCAGUCAGGAGAACCUCACUGUGGACUCCCCCCGCCUCUCCACCUCUUCUGAGCAUGUACAGAAGGAGCGUCCUGUCACGAAGGCCCGGGGCAUCCUCCGCUCCGCCAGCGGGAAAGCGGCGCCCGUCAGCUCCGACCGUCCUCCGAGGUCCUCCGGUCAGCCGGGCCGCCCCACGCUGCGUAAGGCUGAGAGCACCCGGGUGAGGGGCUCCGUGCCGCUCCGCUCCUCCCUGUCGUCGCAGGGCAAAGCGACGUCCGUGUCGGGACUCCUGGACUCCGCCUCGUCCACCCUGCCCCGCGCCAGCAGCGUCAUCUCCACCGCCGAGGGCUCCACGCGGCGCACCAGCCUCCACGACCUGCUCUCCAAGGACAGCCGGUCCCCCAUCUCCGUGGAUACGUCUCCCAACGGCGCCUCCACUAAGGCUGGGGUCUGCUCCCAGCCCACACCCAGUGAGUACCACCCCUCCAGCACCAACCUAAAGGGACCCCUUGCCACCACCAUGCCCAAGUCACUCAGCUUACCUUGCCAUAGCUUGGAGGACCCCGACCUCUCCACCCUCGAGUCCUUCCUCGGCCCCUCCUUCACUGUAGAGUCCGUGUUCAUGGACUCCAUCUUUAGUGAGUCGGCGUGCAAAACCCACCCCUUCCUGUCUCUAAACCCCUCCCUAGUCAGCAACAUCAGCGGGCCCCCUGUUACGAAUAAAACACACUCUCCUCCUCCUAUCCCCUCCCAAAACGAGCCUCACAGCCAAUCAAAUGGCCAGAUGAGAUCCAGCCCAGCCAGUGUGACAGAAAUUAACGAGGGCCUUGAUCCCAGUGGUGAGAAUAAUUUGGAGCAGUCACUGAACGCAGAGGACAACCAGUCUCUGUGGUAUGAGUACGGGUGUGUGUGAACGAGGUGGGGGUCCGGCUCGCUGAUCUUUCCCCCCCAGACUUAAUGAAAAGAGGGGGAGAAUGAAUAAUGGAUAAAUUACAAAUCCUCCUCUGCAUGUAUUUAUUGGAGCACUAUCUCUGUGUGGCGUUUUUGUUCUUUUUCUGUUUGGUGCUGAUUGGUGAAUCGCUGUUGUUUUUGUUUUCUGCCUUAUUCUCCGGGGUGGGACUUUGAUGAAUGUUCUUUCAUCUUACAGCCAUAUUAUUGUUUCCUCAUCCAAUCCGUUAACACUCUGCUAUUAUCUGCAGUCUGGGGUUAAUGCAUCAAGGCUCAGAGUUUCUGUUUUACCAAAUCAUCUUAAUGUCCAAUAAAACAAAGCAUUGUGGGCCACAUUUUUCAAUGUGUCGGAUAAUACAUUCGCUUCCACUUUCUGUUACUGAUGCUGUUUGGGUUUCUGUCUUCUUCACUGCUUUUUAACUCGGUUGCAUCAUUCACUAAAUUGCACGGCUUUGUUCUUGUCCGACGCUCAUUUUGAUUGCUGUGAUCAAAAUGGUUAUCAUGUGUACCUUUUUUUUGUUUGUUUCUAUAUUGACGGUGUGGACGGUUUGUUUCGUUUUUUUUAUACACCUUUUCUGUAUUUUCUUGUUGUUUGAUAUUAACCUGAUCUCCGUGGGUUUUGAUCUGAUGGUCAUUCAUCUUGGGCUGGUGACAAAAUGAUGAAGCUUCAUUCCCAAAAUGAUCUGAGGGAAGGUGUAGCUGGUGAAGAGGAAGCUGAGAGUGAAAGCAAUGGAGGACCAGGGGGGGGGUUAUAUUUGACUUGUAUUCAGCUCAUUAUAGAGUUAUAGUAACAGGAAGUAGUAGAAUAGUUGAGAGAAGAGAAAAGUAGAGUUGAGUUUUCAAUGGUCAGAUUGUUUUGUGAAUGAAGCGUACAUCAUUUCUUUUGGCAUCUGAAGUGUUGUAUUGACUCACCCUGACGCACCACAUACUGUAUGGAUAAUAUUUGAUCAUGUAUUUUAGACGAGAUCUUGUACAGAUUGUAGUAACCCUUAAAUUAUAAUCAAAGACGGGCACUGCUUUCUGUGCCAAAAAGAGUAGAACUGUUCACCUCUAUAUCCUUAUUUAUUUCUGCUUCUGUACUCUGUUUUGAAGUUGCUUUGAUGUAUUUAUAUAUUAAUCUGAAAUAUAUUCCGGUAUGAAGUAAA